UCGGGUCGAAUAAAAAGCAGUUGGGUAUAGAUUAGGUCAAAUACCUGGCAAAAUGUUAAUGGAAUAAUUGAUGAAUCGGAGAAGAUGGAUGAAUUCAAUUUCAGUCAAUCAAUGGAAGACCCAACUCAAUCUUUAUCCGAAUUUAAUCCACGCCCAAUCUCCACUAGAUUGCAUCCUGAUUCAAGGGCAGAAGCAGACCCCGGUGAAUGCAAUGUUGCAAGAAAAGUUCAGAAGGCCGACCGUGAGAAGUUGAGGAGAGACCGUCUUAAUGAGCAGUUCACUGAGUUGGGAAACACACUUGAUCCUGAUAGGCCGAAGAAUGACAAAGCGUCCAUUCUUGGGGAUACAAUUCAAGUUCUGAGAGAUUUGACUACCCAAGUUGAUAAAUUAAAAGCAGAGUAUGCUACACUUACUGAAGAAUCCCGUGAGUUAACUCAGGAGAAGAAUGAUCUUAAAGAGGAGAAGGCAUCCUUAAAGUCUGAUAUCGAUAACUUAAAUCUACAGUAUCAGCAAAGAAUCAGGGCUAUGUAUCCAUGGGGGGGCAUGGAUCCUUCAGUUGUUAUGCACCCUCCUUCUUACCCCUACCCGGUCCCAAUGCCAAUGGCUCCUGGUCCGAUUCCUAUGCACCCAUCUAUACAGCCUUACCAUUACUUUGGAAAUCAAAACCCUGCACUUGUUCCUAACCCUUGUUCUACUUUCAUACCAUACUUAACCCCCAAUACAAUUAUAGAACAGCAAUCUCGUACUGUAAAUCCGGUAGUGCAAGCAAGUAGUAGGUCCCGUAUUUCAAGCAAGCAAGAUUCUAGACAGAGAUCUUCAGAUCAUGGGGAAAGCAAGGCUGUUGAAGAUUCUGAUGAUGUUGCAACAGAUCUUGAGCUGAAAACACCUGGAUCUACUGCUGAUCAAGAUUCUUCAUCGAGGCAGCAGAAACCUAAGAAAUCUUCGAGGAAAGACAGAACCUUGUCAGAUGGGAAUUCUUCUAGCCGGUGUUCAUCAUCUCAUUCUGUGCUGGUGAGCUCAUCGGAUAGUGUUUUUGGUGCUGGCAUUGGAUCUGAUGAUACAGAGAAGGAACAACAAAAAUAGAUCAUCAUUUUCCACAUCUUUAUCUAUAAUCUUAUAUGCAAUGCUGUUCUUUUAGUGUGUAAUAUAAUUGUGAACAAAUUUGUUGUGCAAGCUAAUUGUGUUGACAUGUGAAUUAGCUGAUAUAUUGACUUAUAAAUAUUUAAGUAAUCA